AUGGGUUGGAUGUGGAAUAGGACGGAUCUGGGUUAGAUGUGGAAUAGGACGGAUAUAGGUUGGAGCGUUUCCUAAAUAAGAAGAUAUUCCAUGUUACUCUAACACCAGUUUGGAUUCACCUGGUUGUGUUGGAAGCUAUAAAGACACACAACGACAUGAUAAAAAUAUGAAACUGUUCUAAACAAAGAUUUUUACCCUGAUGAGAUUAUUUGGGUUUAUAUUAUUCCUAAGUACCAACGUUUGGGUGAUGGAGAAGCGGAGCAGCACUUGGAGGCAGAUCUAGUUCUUCUUGUUCCGCUGAAGUUCUGCACUUGCUGUAAGUAGGUGAUGGGUCAUAGAUUAGAUCUAAGGAAGCAUUCACCAUGUUGUUGAUGUCCCCGCAGCUCCAGACUGGGUUUAAAGGUUAGCAUCAGCUCUGAAGUGGUGAUUAGCAUCCAGCUAGGAUGUUCUGGGUGAGCUUUAUGAGCUUCCCGAAUGAAAAAAGGGAAACCAGUGUGUCCCAGUAGCUGGUGUGUAUGCAGGAGUCGGAAUGCUUUGGUCCUCUGGAAUGCCAACAAUAAAUUCCCUCCACCUUCAGGUUUCUCUCUCUGGAACAUUCUAGUUAUUCAACCUGAAAUCGGCCGAGUGACCCUUCAUCAUCGCGUUUAAACCUGAAUCACAGCUUUUCACGUUUCAGGUUCCUGUAAAUGAUUCAGUCUUCAUCAGUAAAUCUAAUAAAACUUUGUAGGUUUUUAUCUUCUGACCCAUAAAACAACGACAUCAAACAUCCCCGAUGAACCACAGAAGUGUUCUUAAACACGUAAAUCAAACAGAAGCACAGUGGAAUGAUUGUAUUUACUAUUAUUCCCCCAUGCCCCCGUUAUCACCCCUUAGUUACGUCCCUGUAAGUCCGAAUGGAACCAUUUAAAACGCCUUCAAACCAAAAACAAACCAAACUGUAAAUGUUUGCUUCAGCAGGUUGUUGAGCUGAAUUAUCUGACAGCUUAUUAGCCGCUGGUGAGAAAUGAGAAGGUGAAAUGUUUUCUUUGGUCUCAGACCUUUGAACUGGUGUUUUAUUAUCAGCACAAAGUCGUUUCUGGGUGAGAGCUGCCUGAACCCAGGUUAGUGAUGAACGGAUGAACUCACUCAAACAUUUCAUCGUAAGUAGAAGAAUUAUUGUUGUAACUCAGUAACCCUGUUACUGCAGGUGAAGAGCUCAGGUGUGUCUGAGAGGAGACGUCUCCUUUAACACAGGCUGGAGCCUCAAACAGGAAGUCCCUCCCUCUCCUCUGAUUGGCUGGUUCAGACUCUCAGCCGUCCUCCUGAGCACUCUGACUCCACCCACCAAGCUUCACCUCCUUGGUCCGAGUCUGUCUGAACUCGGACCUUCGGUCUGUGGAUGUGUGUGUGUGUGUUAGAGCGAUUUGAAGGUGUGUGUGUGUGUGUGUUAGAGCGAUUUGAAGGUGUGUGUGUGUGUUAGAGCGAUUUGAAGGUGUGUGUGUGAGUGUGUGUGAGGCUGCAGAGGUCAGCAGCUGGUCUAUCGUCCGUCUGACCAGCUACGGACUUUUGAUGAGGAUGAGGAUUAUUACGCGCCUCAGAGUCUCUCAGCCUCAGCGAGCUCAGGUGAGCCCUGGGCUCCAAGCUGAGUGCUAACCAUGCUGGGGCAGAGCAACGUGACCUCCAGCACCCUACAGCUGGUAGCCAGCGACAUGACUGGGAUCAUGGAGAAGCUGGACACGCGUGAGCUGGACCUGGGUGACGGGGACUACAGCACCACUGAUGGCGGUGCCGCCAAUGGGGAUCGGUUGCCUUUCACAGCGAUCUAUGAAACAGUCGGUUUCAAGGAGUCUGAGGCCAAAGUCUUCCUGUCCUCACCAAUCACUGCCAAAAUCAUGGCGGUGGAGCGAUUCACCUCUGCUCAGGAUCGCUUCAACCAAACCACACAGAGAAGUGUUAAUAAGUCGAUGCCGGCUGUCUACAAGAUCGAGCUGAAGCAUGGAGAGUUCACCUGGGAGGUGAAGAAGAAGGAGAAACACUUUGUGGACCUCCACAGAGAGCUGAGGACCUACAAGACCUUCAUGAGAAUUCCGCUGCCUUCACGCAGUCACACGGUGAGGAGGACGAUAUCAAGAGGCGAGGUGAGGCAGAUGCCAAACCUCCCCAGAGGUAGAGCAGAGGAGCUGGGGAGAGAAGAACAAGUAGCCAGCCGCAGGAAACAACUAGAAGAUUACUUGAACAAGCUGCUGAAGAUGCAGAUGUACAGGAACUACUACGCCACCAUGGAGUUUAUGGACGUCAGCCAGCUGUCCUUCAUCCAUGACCUCGGACCUAAAGGACUAGAAGGAAUGGUGCAGAAACGAUCCGGUGGACAUCGGAUUCCCGGCAUGAACUGCUUUGGUCACAGCAAGAUGUGCUACCGCUGGUCCAAACGCUGGCUGGUGGUGAAGGAUUCCUUCCUGCUCUACAUGAAGCUCGACUCGGGCGCCAUCUCCUUCGUGAUGCUGUUCGAUAAGGAGUUCUGCAUCAAGAUGGACUUCAAAGACACUGAAACCAAACAUGGCCUCCGCAUCGACAGCCUCUCCAGGUCGUUGGUGCUGAAGUGUGCCAGCUACAGACACGCCCGCUGGUGGGGGCAGGCCAUCGACUGCUUUUCCAAGAAGCACGGCGCCGCCUUCCUCAAGGACCACCGCUUCGGGUCUUUCGCCAUGGAGGAAAAGAACAUCCCUGCCAAAUGGUAUGUGAACGGUAAAACCUACAUGGAGGACGUGGCUGAUGCUCUGGAGGAGGCCAAGGAGGAAAUCUUCAUCACAGACUGGUGGUUGAGUCCAGAGAUCUUCCUGAAGAGGCCAGUGGUUGAAGGAAACCGAUGGCGUCUGGACUGCAUCCUGAAGCGGAAAGCGCAACAAGGUGUGCGGAUCUUUGUGAUGCUCUACAAGGAGGUGGAGUUAACUCUGGGAAUAAACUCCGGUUACAGCAAGAGGGCUCUGCUACGCCUUCAUCCCAACAUCAAGGUGAUUCGCCACCCAGACCACGUGUCUUCUGCAGUAUACCUGUGGGCGCAUCACGAGAAGAUAAUCGUCAUCGACCAGUCAUUGGCCUUCGUGGGUGGGAUCGACCUGGCAUAUGGACGCUGGGAUGACAAGGAACAUCGACUCACGGACAUCGGGAGUGUGACACUUUCUCACGUGGAGCAGGCUGCAGCUGCUUCUUCCACCUCUGUUGCUCCAGCUAAAAGCAGCACAGAGGUUUCCCAGCCCAAAGACAAGAGCCUUUUCACGGUGACGGACUCGGUGGAUCAGCCCAAGCUAAAGGGUCAGGGGAGGUUCCGGAGGACCAGGUUCAGCAUCAAGAGACAUCUUCAGAAGCAUGGACUGGCCCAAGCAGACAGUGACAGUGACCUGGAAGAAGAUCAGAGUUGGUCUCCCAGCAUCAGCAGCCAGAGCGCUCUGAUUCCCAGUAGGCUGCUGGAGCCGCAGGCGGCCCCUCCGCUCGCUCCCCCUCCGGCUGGGAACAGUUCCGUACGAAGUCUGAACACGGGAGUCGGAGAACUGUUUGGAAACACGCGCUUCUGGCACGGGAAGGACUACUGCAACUUCGUGCACAAAGACUGGAUUCAGCUGGACAAACCGUUUGAUGAUUUCAUAGACAGGCAUACAACUCCCAGAAUGCCGUGGCAUGACAUCGCCUCUGUGGUUCACGGGAAGGCGGCUCGAGACGUGGCCAGACACUUCAUCCAGCGGUGGAACUUCACCAAGCUCGUGAAGCCAAAGUACUGUGCUCCGUCGUACCCGUACCUCCUACCAAAGUCCCACGCUACCGCCGGAGAACAGCGAUACCAAGUUCCCAACUGCAUCAACGCCAACGUGCAGAUCCUCCGCUCUGCCUCGGACUGGUCUGCUGGCAUCAAGAACCACGAGGAGUCCAUCCACAAUGCCUACGUCCACGCCAUCAAGAACAGCCGGCACUUCAUCUACAUCGAGAAUCAGUUCUUCAUCAGCUGUGCAGACAACCGGUACGUCUUCAACAAGAUCGGAGACACCAUUGUUCAGCGCAUCCUCCAGGCCUACAGGGAGGGUAAGAAGUACCGCGUUUACGUGGUGACGCCUCUGCUGCCGGGCUUUGAAGGAGACAUCAAAACGGGAGGAGGCAGCGCCCUCCAGGCUAUCAUGCACUUUAACUACAGAACCAUGAACCGAGGAGAUCACUCCAUCUUCUCUCAGCUAAAGAAGGAGAUGGGAGAUCAGUGGAUCAACUACAUCUCCAUCACCGGUCUGAGGACCCACGCUGAGCUGGAGGGGAAACUGGUGACGGAGCUGAUCUACGUCCACAGCAAGAUGCUGAUCGCCGACGACAACACCGUCAUCAUCGGUUCUGCCAACAUCAACGACCGGAGCAUGCUGGGUAAGCGGGACAGUGAGGUGGCGGUGUUCGUGGAGGACACGGAGACGGUGAACUCUGUGAUGGACGGGCAGCCGUACCAGGCGGGGAAAUACGCCCUGCAGCUUCGCCUGGAGUGCUUCAGGAUGAUCCUCGGAGCUAACGCCGAUCUGUCCAUCAACGUUUCUGAUCCAGUCAGCGAUCACUUCUACAAGGAGGUCUGGAUGGUCACGUGUGCCCGAAACGCCUCCAUCUACCAGCGGGUUUUCCGAUGUCUGCCGUCCAGCGACGUUCGUAGCAUCUCCGAGCUGGACGGCUACCUGUCCAAGCCAGCUCUGGCCAGAGACGACCCGGCUCGGGCUCAGGAGGAGCUGAAGAAGAUCCGUGGGUUCCUGGUCCAGUUCCCGUUCCAGUUCCUGAGUGAGGAGAACCUUCUCCCUCCCAUGGGAACCAAGGAGGCCAUGGUGCCGAUUGAGGUGUGGACCUGAAGCUCGGAGCCAGGAAGUGUUUUAAUCUUUGUACUGGAGAGCAAACAGAACCGUGUUCAGGUCCUUUUGGGUUCCCGCUCAUUUGAAGGGUUUUUGCCCCGAUCAGAGACUGCCAGGUUGUUUUAUUCUGGGCCAUAAUCAGAUGGAGACAGGAGGUCAGAGCGAUUCGUUCUGAUUAACAAACUCCUGCCGAAGAUUCAGCCGGAGCCAUGGUCGGGAAUGUUUAAACCGGAAACACAGAAUGAGUCAGAACCUGUUAGAUCUGAGCAUGCUGAAGGAUGAUGACUCUGUGAGGAUCAGCUGCUGGAGGAAAGUCUGCCUGUGAGUUUGAACCCAGGGCUACAAAACCCACUACAGCCCACUUCCUCUGCUGCUAGUCUGGAAUUAUUUCCUGGUUCUCUUUGGUAAGUCGAACGGAGGAGGAAUCCUCUCCAGUGUCACCUGGAUCAGCUGAGCUCUGGAACUUCCUGCCUGGAUCUCGCUGACACAGAAACACCUUCUGGGACCAGAUCCAGAUGUUUUAUUAAUCUUUGCAUCCAAACUCCGAAACACGGAUCUCCGUGGCGGCCUUGCGUUCCCUGGAAGGUGGAAAUUAGGUUCACUGAGACUCGUUUCCUGUUGGCCGUCAUCGUCGAGGUUCACUCUGAAGUCACUAUGCAACAUCCAGAGAUGGGGGGGGGGGGGUCAUCUGCUCCAUAAAGACACUAAAACAUCAAAACUGAAGAAUUUUCUCUUAUUUAAAUCAAAGCAGGAAUUAAAAAUGUGCCAAAUAAACGAUUCUUUGGCCUCACAAACCCGACAUUCCUCCAGACUCUGGAAUCCGUCCCGCCUUGAAGGACCUGCCACUGCGAUCUGUUCACGAUGCUAAUCUGAUGGUUUUUGUUCAUCAGAGUUUGUGGGUUCCAGCUGUGCAUCUGUGUGUCAUUAAGUAAAUGCUGUAACUUUAUAUUAGUCCGACUGGUUAGUUGGAUGAAGAUGAGUUUAGAUGUUUUACGUGUUCUGAGGUAUUUGUCUAAUUCUGGCCACCAGAGGGCAGCAGAACAACCUGAAAACUCACCAGCCACCACGUCAGGAAUGCAGUUUAAAUAUUUUACAGAAGCAAUAGUUUUCUUUGAGCCACUUGGAUCAGCCAGACAAGUUUCCACCUUUUAAAUAUAAAACCGUAGACAUGAAAACAUCUUUAGUUUUACAUCCCGUCAUUCCUGCAGCAGCGAUCACCUCUUUAUCACUUUUAGGUUAUUUUUGUUCUGAAAAUCAUUUAAAAGCUUAUUUAGUUUUUUACUUAAGUUUCAAACAUGUGGUGAAAACAAGCUAAAGUUACAGAUGACUUGAAUAAAUAGGUUUAGAGCCUUCUGCGCAUUCACCUGUCAAUUGCAUGUUUCUGGUUUGUUUCUGGCGCCCCCUGUGGCCAUUCGGAGCUCUGCACUCCUAAGUUUCCGACGCUCCUCCAGAGCUGCACGGACUCCUCCCUGUUGGUGUGUUUCUCUGCAUGAAGCCAACGCUAAAGCAGCUGAUAGUGUGAUGAAGUCCAGCGUUACUGAUGAAGGCACUAAUCCUGCGAGCUGAUUGGUUGAUGCUGAAACCAUCCUGCAGCCAGGACUUUAAACGUUUCUCUACCUCUCUGUCCUUCCACCUCCUGCUCGGCUGUUUUCUGUCUUUAAUCUGGAAAAUCCGACAGUUUCGCUCCACCUGGAGAAGAUUGGAACACCAACAUCUGUUCUCUGAGGAGCUGAAACUCUUAGUUUGUUCAGGAUUUCCUGUUUCUCUCUGAAAAUGCACUUUUUUGCACAGACUGAUGUUUCCUGCACUAUCACAGUAUUGUGUUGUUUUGGUGGUAAAUGUUGGAUUCAAUAAAUGAGAAAUUAGAAA